CUGUGUUUGAUGUUUGCUUCUGUAAGACAUUUUUCUAUGAUUUUGGCGCCGCUUAGAAAUUUUAUUUGUUUUUGGAAUAAUGUCCACCUUUAAAGAAAAGUGUCAGCAUUUUUAUGGGACCACCGAUUUUUACGAUGUGCUUGGCGUAUCAAGAGAUGCGUCGGAAAAAGAAAUUAAAAAGGCGUAUCACAAACUUUCGCUCUUGGUGCACCCUGAUAGGGUGAGUGAAGCUCAAAAAGAAAUCGCAACUGAGAAAUUUAAAGUGUUGGGGCGGAUUCACACAACUCUCCAGAACAAAGAGAAAAGGAAGAUUUAUGACAACUGUGGCGAUUUUGAUGGUGAUAGCGAUUCUGGGUUCAACUGGAUGGAAUACUGGUCCGCAAUAUUCAAAAAAAUUGACCGUAAAGAUCUGGAGAACUAUGAGAAGGAGUAUAUUGGGUCGGAGAAAGAGAGGCAAGAUAUUCGUAAGGCCUACGAAAUCUCUAAAGGUAACAUGAAUGUUAUCCUGGAAAUGGUACCAUUUAGCAACUGCGACAGCGAGCCUAGGAUUAUAGAAAUUGUCAGGGAAAUGGUUAAUAAUGGAGAGGUUGUGGAGUAUGAUGGCUUCUUCAAUGAGCGUAAGGCGAAAAAGAUGCGUAGGCGAAAGAAGUGGGAUGCUGAGAGAAUUGAGUCUGAAAAAAUUGAUGUUGAAAAACUUGAAAAAGAGCUAGAGGAGAACUCGGAGAAGCGGCUCCAGCAGUUUGCCAAUUUCAUAGAGAAUCUGGAGGCGAAGUACAAUCCGCAGAAAAAACGACGCUCAAUAACCAACGAUCGCGAACAAAGUCGUACGAAGCGUGUCAGAAAAUCACGCCCUGCAAAGUAAUUCAUUAUGUAUGAUUUAUUAAGACCGUUAUUUUUUUUUUAAUUUCUUUGAACUCUGAGGCCUACAUUAAAACAUCAAAUUAUAUUGAGCUAGUACCACUUACUCAAACGAGUACAAAAACAAUACUCGGAUUUAGUUUAAU